AUCUGUCUCCCUCUUUCGCUGCGUAUCUCUUUCCCUCUCUCUCACAAAGGCACACGGAGUCGUUUGCUACAAAUGGAAGAGAGCAAAGCAGUAACAGCGAACAGGCUACUGGCGGUGAAGCGCCAGUCCGGCAAGUCGUAUAGUCAGAUAGCCGAAGAGACGGGACUCACCAACGUCUACGUAGCCCAGCUGAUCAGACGCCAAGCCCAGCUCAAGCCCGACACCGCCCCUGUACUACGGGCGGCGCUGCCUGACCUGACGGAUGACCUCCUCCAAGAGAUGAUGAGGCCACCCAUGCGGUCCUACGACCCCAGCUUGAUCCAAGAACCCACUAUCUACAGGUUGAAUGAAGCGGUUAUGCAUUUUGGUGAGAGCAUCAAGGAGAUAAUCAAUGAGGAGUUUGGUGAUGGCAUCAUGUCGGCUAUAGAUUUCUUUUGCUCGGUUGACAAAAUUAAAGGUGUGGAUGGGAAGGAUCGUGUAGUUCUGACAUUUGAUGGGAAGUAUUUGCCUCACACUGAGCAGAAAUCGGAGCACAUGGUUUCGAGGCGGAGACUACAGUAAAGUUCCUGAAUAUCCUCCUGCUGUGCUGAAAAGCAAAAAGAUACCCUCAAUUUCAAAUGUGUUAUCAAACGCUUCUUGUCUCCUUAGUUUUGUAUCCCUUCAAUAUAACUGUAUUUGAAUGUGCCCUCAGGCGUCGUUGAAUAAGAACGAGUGCUCAACUCUUUAUACUUGAAUAACUUGGGAACAAUUAAAUGUAUUGCUUUUAUACAGGGGAAAGGUGUUAUUUUAAUGGUCAUUAUUAGAAUUUGUUUGCAA